AUGUCCUUGUGUCAGUACCAUGGAAUUGUUGGGAAAGAAGACAUUGGUAAACAGACAAAUGGCACUUCGUUGUUUGGGAAGCAGAUGGUGCCAGUAACGAAGGGAAAAUUGCCAGGAUGUAUACAUUCAAGCGCGAGUUGUAACUGGGACACAGACUUGCCAAGAACAACGGACACUUGGGACUCAGACUACUACAAAAUCUACAGAAAGUUAACGAAGUUUGAUACAGUCGAUUUAGGAUCAAGUGAAUUCUUUGAUCACGCUUGUAAUAUUUGUGACUUGUAUAUGGAAAGGGAGGCAGUAGGAUAUUGCUGUAUUGGAAACAAAAGAAAAAAUGCCAUGAUAUGUAUACGUUUUAUAAAGCGUCUGUUUGUAGAAGAAAGGACACAUGAAACUCAGACUGUUACAAAGUUUACAGAAAGGCUAACAAACUUCGAUGAAGUUGAUUUAGGAUCAGACGAAAUAUUUGAUCAAGCAUGCAAUAUUUGUGACUUGUACACGGGAAAGGAAGCGGUAGGAUAUUGUAUUGUCUGUGAACAGUACAUGUGUUAUCAAUGUUGUAAACACCAUGAGAAAAUAUUCUUGAGCCAGAACCAUAAAAUUGUUGGAAAAGAGGACUUUGGUCAAUUGAAUAAGGAAAAGUCGUUGUUUGACCUGCGUUUGGUGCCUUUAACAACAGGGCGUCUUCCUAGUUGUAUACAUGGAGAUUAUAAUUGUCCUAAUCCUGAAAAUAUUUUUUUGUUGAAGGUUCAUCUGUCUUUCUUAUAUGUUGGACAUACACAUGAAGAUGUCGAUGCAGCGUUCAGUAAAAUUUCGGAGAAACUAAGAACUACAGAUGCAGAGACAUUGGAUGACCUAAUUGCACUGCUUCCAAAACCUGAGGAAAUUCUACACAUGUUUGAUGUGAAGAACUGGCUAGCUCCUCAUAUUGCUGAUAUUGAAAAACAUUCAGAGCCGUUACACUUUAAAUUUGUAAAGAAAAAUGAAGAAGUUCAAGUGUUUUUUAAAGGACAAAAUAUUGAUCCAUGGUGUGAACUUAAUGGGAAUAUUCUUACUUCAAUUCCAAAUGGACAGCCCACAACAAUAAAACCAGAUUAUAGCCAUAUCAAUAUUGAAAGACAAUCAAAACAAAUAGAAUGUUUACAUUCAUUGUUUAGGAAACGGGGAACAAUAUCAAAGUGGGAGAGGUUUUUUAACGUUCUGCAAACAACUGGAAGAAUUUCCGCAGCAAAUCAACCUUGGUUUCUAGACUGUUUACCAAGGCAGUCACAAAAUGUCAACUUCGAAGAUGUAAUUCCCCCAGAAGUGAGAGAACUAAUUCUAAAGGAAACGAAAGUUCCCAAGUUUAGAAUACGAAAAAGGCAGGGCAAGAAUAAAGAGGCUCAGCAGACAACAAAGAAAACAAACAAGGCAAAUCAAAGACCAAAACAACAUAAAUCACUUGUCCAAACUUCCACAACUUUUUUGAUUAUUCCACUCACAGAUGAUAUUAAGAAGCAUGUUUGGCUCAUGAUUUUUAUCGAUCUACUUCUAACAUGUAUUAUGAUGAUCCUUGUGUGUCUUAUUAUUUUGAGAUUGUUUAGACUUCUUUGUUUGUUGGAAGUACUUUAUGAACUGAAUUUCUUGUUUUCAUGUUUGAUUUCUGUUCAUGUUGGGUCAACUGCAUCCUAUGCUCAUCAGGAAUUAUUGAAUAAUGUGGUAAAUUGUGAAUCUAUCUUAGUCUGUUAGCUAUAUUAUUGUGAUUGACAGUUGAGAUUUUAACAUAAUUUUUUUUUUGUGACAUUUAAAUUCAGACAUUUACCACAGUAAGUGAAAUGGAUGUUAUUUUAUCAAGUUUCCUUGUUUGUGAAAAGAGAAAUCUUUUGAAUGAUUUAGUCAGAAAUUUUACACAUAGUAUAUGCAGAUAAAAACUUUUUAAAUAACUUGUUACAAAUCUGUCUAAAAUGGUAAGAUGCAACUAGCUUUAGCUAGCUUCCUAGCAUCUGGUUUUUGAUCUAAGUAUAUCAAUAUUUAUUGAAUCAUAAUUAUAUUGCAAAUAUAUAUACACUACAAUAGUCACAUAUUCUGUAAUGAUUGCUAUAAAAAUAACAUUCACAUGCAUAUCAUGUACUGUGAUUCUUCUGAUUUAAAGCAAAUUCUUCAUAUCAGUUCUGCAUCAUGCAACACAAUAGCUGGAUGAGCAAUAUAGUGAUAUCAUGGCACUUUCUUGUAUUUCAGGUUGUAAUGUUUGUAAUGUUUGACUUGGCUGAUAUUCAUUGUAUAAAAAACGGACAUUUUACAAAUAGUUUCAGUUUAAACUAAGAUAUUCACUGUGACUUCUUAUU